AAGAACCGUAAAAAGCGCCACAUCACAUCCGCCAGCCAUCAGCGCAACGUAAACAGCGGAGAGUCUCCUAGGUAAACAUGGAGCCCGUGGCGAGCGACCCCUUCAGCAGUGACGCGCAGGAGCUUCCCGCGACGGGAAUAGUGACGAGGAUGCUGCCCAAAGGUUUCUCUGGGGGCGCGAUGAAGGACUGGCUGGACCGUCGGCGUAAGUCCAUCAGGCCGUGGGCCGGUUUUGUUGACCAGCGCAAGUUCUCCAAGCCAAAGAACUUCGGCGAGCUGUGCCAGCGUGUGGUGCGCAACCUGGACACGUACCACAGCAACUACACCUUCAUCUUCCUGGGACUCAUCCUCUACUGCAUUGUCAGCUCACCCAUGCUGCUCAUCACGUUAGCCGUUUUUGUUGGUGCCUUUUACAUCAUCCACCUGAAGUCCAUGGAGUCCAAGCUGGUUAUUUUUGGGCGUGAGAUGACCCAGGGUCACCAGUUAGGACUGGCUAGUGCAGUGGCUUUACCUGUGUUCUGGUUGGCAGGGGCUGGAGCAGCUGUUUUCUGGGUACUGGGAGCUACGCUGGCAGUGAUUGGCACCCACGCUGCCUUCCGUGAGCUGGAGUCUUCAGACAUGGAGGAACUAUUAAUGGAAUCUGUUUAAUCCUUCAACCUCUGGCCUCUGACCUUUAGCCUUUUAACCACUUAUUUAUAAAAGAAACACCUCUCAUGUUCCGCACGUUGUUACUGUCCUCUGAAUGGUCUCUUCUCCAGUUCUUUUGAAAGGUGUAAACAUUGUCUCUCUCACAUAUUGAUCGGUGUACAUGGACAGACUGUUAAUCUGGCAGAUUCUCACAAGCAAACAUGCACAUGCCUGUACCCUAUACCCUGACCAGUCUGCCUCAUUCACAGUUUAGCAUCAUCAUCAUCAUCAUCAUCAUCCUCAUACGAUGAUGACAUCUGCUUGACAAACGGGGGAAAUACUAGUUGUUUUAAAUGCAGCCUGAUGAGACACUGGCCUUUGCUGGUACCUUGUGGGUGUUCACCCACAUCUGUUACAUAGUGAAUGUGCACUGUUGUCCUCUUUAAGCGCAAACAAAAUGUAUGAGACAAACUGAGCCUUUAACAUAAUGUAUGAAAGCAAAAAUAAUUAGCAUCCAUCUAUAAAAAGAAUUCUAAAAGGGGGCCAAUAUUUCUUUAAAACUAUUUCCUCAGACCAUUUUUGGAAACAUUGCUUACUGUAACGUAUCUUACUAGAGACAGACUGGAUCACGUUUUGUGAAUUCAUAUGGGUGGGGAGAAAGGUUAAAAAAAAGAAGUGUGGGUGCAUUGUGUGAAGCGAAGGAUAUCCAGAGAGCCUGUCUUUAUCAUCAGGGUUUUUCCAGGGUAUUUCCGUGCUGGUAGUCUACCGUGUUGUGCGGCUUCUUGAUUUAGCUGAAGCAUGUUACUGCAUCGCAAACCAAAGUGCAUUUAUUACUCCAUUAUUAGUGUUUAUUAUACAUUUAUUACCAUUGUUUCUGUCCUUCAUUUUGACAAUAUUGAAUGCUUUUUUUAAAUACAUUUGUUCUUUUCUCUUUUAAUGUAAAAGGAAGUGCAAUAAAGUCCGCAGCCUAUAAAAGAU